AGCAGUUCUAUACCGAAACUUGCAUAGAUAAUACACACCUAUAGCCGUAACAUAAGCGAUUUCAAUUCGAAGAACCGAGCUAUGCAUAAUGCAAAACAUAAAUAAAUCGAACAGAACUGGUCUAUGCUCAACAUGACUUUGAUCUUGGUGUUAGCCGUGAUACUGCUACUGCCCAUGACUUUUGGCUAUAACUACUGCAACAACAGGACCCACUUGUGCGAACUGGCCAAAUGGAAGCACUUUAUGUGCCGGCUGGAGGAUUUUCAUGCCUUUGGAAAAACCAAGUAUCAUGCCAUCGUUCCGGACACCGCAAUAGUGCGAAGGGAAACAUUGGGCGUGAUAAAUACUUUCCGGAACACGUUCGCUAGCGGGGAUCUGACCACGAACGACAACAAGACGUUCCCGAGCGCCAAGCGGAUGAGGAGGCUUAACUGGGACUCGGAGCUGUCGUACAUGGCACGCACCCACGCCUCCACCGUCUCCUUCAAGCACUCCGAGUGCCGGUCCACCCAGCGAUUUCCGUUCGUGGGUGAGGUCCUGGCUCUUUUGCCCCCUCAAAAGUCCAAGCCUACUAUCAUCGAUGAAUUGAAUAAGUUAUUAAAACCGAUGUUUGACGAGUACAAGGUUGUCGAGGAUCCCGAUGGCCUGCUCGAUGCUUACGAUCCCAUAAGGGACUUCCCCGCGAGUCACUUCACUCUCUUCGUCAGCGAUCGAGUAUCUCGUGUUGGAUGUGGCAUUACGGUGGGUUCCAACUGCAACAUAGGUCAUACAGUCGGCUUCUGCCACUUCCUCACGUGCCACUUCGACUUUAACAACUUGGCGGGUUCGUAUGUCUAUAAGGCCGGAAAACCUGCCAGUGGCUGUGGUGACUGGAACACAGGUGGCAGCGUAAAGUACUCGAAUUUGUGCGCCAACACCGGCGCUCUUUUUCCAUCGGAUCGAGGUGACGAUGGAGAACUGCAUGGCGGGUCUUAAAAUAUUUGAUAUGCCAUCUGCAUUAUAGCACCUUACUUUUUCACCAAUUUUUCCUGAACACAAGCGAACAUUAAAAUAUUGAAAAAUCCUAGGUCUUUUGCUUUUACAUCAGAACUAGCCCAA